AUGACGACGACAAAUAUGAUCCCUUCUCAGGAGCCUCCUCGUCUCAUAGCAGCGAAGGAUGUUGUUCCAAUUAUUAAGCAGGUCAUUAAAGAGCAAACCGACACUUGGAAUCAUGUGGCCGCGACUAUCAACCCUGCAUCGGCAACAUUUGACACCGCCAUCCGGCCAUUGAUCAAUGUGGACAAUGAGACCCAAGGUCGAAUAGCUGUCAUUGCAAUGCUGCGCUACGCCUCUCCGGACCAACUAGCUCGUGAGGCAUCGGACGCAGCCAUUAGACUCUUGCGACAAUGGGACGCCGAGAGGAUAGCGAGAAAGGACUUUUACCAUCUGCUCAAGGCUGUUGAGGAUAAAUCUGAAGAUGUCCACUUCGAAGACGCCAAGUUCCUCAGAAGCAACAUCCAGCAGUUCACGAGGGGUGGCCAUGGGCGUCUUGACCAGGAUCAGGUGGCAGUCUACUUGAACAGGAGAAACCAAAUCGACGAGCUGAGACAGCAGUGCAACCGGAACUAUCGAAAUGAUGAUGGCGGCCUAUGGCUUUCUCUAGACGAACUUGAAGGGGUGCCUGCGGAGGACCUCGCUCGCUUCUCGGGGAGUCAAGACUCCACGGAUGUCAGUACCAAGGAUAAGGCGUUUGUACGUUUCACGAGAGCAGAUGUAAACGCCGUCCUGCAGUACGCCACAGCACCGUCAACCCGAAAGGAAGUCUACGUUUCCAACGAAAGCAAGGUCCCGGAGAACGUCGACCUGUUCAAGCAGGUCAUCGACUUGCGAGACGAGAAUGCGAGGUUGCUGGGGUACGAAAACCACGCGGCGUUUCGACUGGAGGCUCGUGUUGCCAAGGCCACAACGUGGGUGAAUGGCUUCCUCGAUGAACUCGAGGAUGUCCUUCUGCGAAAAGGAAGAGAAGAGAUGGCGUCGCUUUUGGAAAUACGAAAGAAAGACGUCCCGCAAGACAACGACUCGAUGCCCCCUUGGGACUACGAUUACUACAAUCGCCUGAUGCAAGAACGGAUCGAUGUCAAGCACGGCCGGAUCUCUGAGUACUUCCCACUAGACUACUCCGUCUCAGCAAUGCUGGAUCUAUUCGCCUCUUGUCUGCAACUUCGAUUCGUUCCCUUGACGGCCGACCAGAAGAAGGACGUGGUCUGGCAUGACGACGUCCAGGUAUGGGCAGUCUGGGACGAAAGAGACGCCUCCAAAGGCGUGUUUGUCGGCUACUUGUACACGGAUCUCCUUAUCAGACCCAAGAAGCAUCAAGGCUCACAAAAUGUCAAUCUUCAGUGUGGGUAUCUGAGACCGGACGACACUAGGGUCUACCCGGCGACGAUUCUGAUGUGCGCCUUCCCUCGUCCAACCACAACCGGUUGCGCUUUACUCAAGCAUAGCGAAAUUGUGUCUCUGUUCCAUGAGCUGGGCCACGGUAUGCACGAUCUUGUGUCGAGGACUCGCACUGUUAUGGUCCAUGGACACCGCAUGCCGCCUGACUUCUUUGAGGUCCCCAGUGUCAUGUUGGAGAACUGGUGUUGGAUGGCAGACGAGCUCAGGCAUAUGAGCUGCCAUUACACCAGAUUGAACCCCGAGCUUUUGGAUGAUUGGCGCCGAAAGAAUCCGGGCCAGCCAGACCCGCCCGAGAAGAUACCUGAUGAACUUCUGGGGCCUCUUGUCAGAAGCAGGAAUGUGAACAGGGCGCUCUGGCUGUUGCGUCAGCUUGCCUUCGCCCGCUUCGAUAUGGCCGUUCACAGCCCCGCCACUCACGAAGAAUGCCUUCACCUGGAUGUUGCGGAAAUAUUCAAUGACACAAUGGAGAGGCUCCGACUGCUUCCCAACCCCGACGCUAAAGACAGAGGACAUCCUCAGUCCAACUUUCAUCAUAUGGUUUCUGGAAUGGACGCAGGGUAUUACUCAUAUCUAUGCGCAGCAGUAUUCGCUGCAGACAUCUUUCACCACAAUUUUGUGGAAAAUCCGCGCAGUCAAGAACGAUGGGAGAGAUAUCGUCAAGGAAUACUUGGGUUUGGUGGAAGCCGUGACGAGAUGGAGAUGCUGGAGGAAUUCCUGGGUCAUAAGCCUAGUUCUGAGUAUCUGUUUGAUAGUCUUCUAGGCUUGGAUUAG